CCUUCGUUCAUUCUAUCCCGAAUUAUAUUUCCAAAGGAGGCAUGAGCAUCAUAGAAGUUUCGCAAGCAUACCCACAGCCUCGUGCUGACACAAGGUCAGUAGCGCUGUUAUUGCGAUGAGUUUUUUCUUGUCCAUAUCUGAUCGGUUCUCAGUAAGUUCGAGCGCAGCAUUUACCUAUCAGUCCACAACAACAGUUACAGAACACACGUCCACCACCCAGAUAUUUGUAAUUGAGUGCAAUCUCGAUAUUGUUAUUCAUGAACCGACCAACAAAGACAAUCUUUACAACAAUCGUUAGACGGAAGGCAAAUCUCAAUUUGAUCAAUUUGAAUUUCUUCGCUGACACUUCUCCUCAAACUCAGUCGAUCAAUGCCAUAGUGAGUUUACAUGACGAGUACCAAGUAACCUUACGAAAGUCUAGGCCAACAGAGUCUUUUCUUCUUCAUUGUCAUUCACCGACGUUGUACGAAAACGAAACGAGGACAUAGAAAGUUAGCAGCAGAACAAAACAAGAGAAUGACGUCGUUAAUGGACCCUGCUUGUAUGGAGCAGUACUUCCUUGGGAAGGCUUCGAGACCAGAUUCUGACUAUUUUCCUCAGACGACAGCAUGGGAAGAAGAAAUCGAAGGUAGGAUGACGGAAUUUGCAGUGACGGUGCUAGAGAAGAAGCUUCUGAUAGUGAUUACGCAGUGCGGCAAAAUAGGGAGCUGGAUAACAGCCAGUGUCGACGGUGAUCCGUGUAUCCGAGAUCCAGACUGUCCACCAGACGUUACCUACGAUACUUCGGUAUUCUAACCUUAUAACACAUUGAUAUUGAAACAUGAAGAUCUUACUCCCUCGACAUUCAUCACGUCCAUAUACGACAAAAUCAAAAUAUCAAGCAUAUCUUCAGCUUUUCCUCCAUGACUCUGCUUUGUCAUCAAACUUCAGGUUUUAUUCGGUGCCCGAGGCGAAAAGAGUGAUUAUCAGCGUGUGUAUGGAAGAAGACUGAUUGAUAUGAUCUUCAAGGCGAAUCCCGACUUUACUUCUCUUCUUCUCGGCAUAGCAAUGAAGACGCCAUCACCUCAGACGUUCCGUCUAUGCAUGGAAAGCAUUCGGAAAAGAAUCGCAACGAGGUGAUCCACUAGGAAGCAGAAGAAGAAAGUUGGAACCUCACGAUUUUGUGAAGCUUGCUAUGUCAAGAUCAGCAACACGAAUCCCCAUAUCCAUUUUUCCUCCAAUAGAAGUACUUACGCAAGCGUGGUCGGUGGAUAAGAGGGCUUUUCCACCACGUCCACAAUUAAACGCCCAUGCCUUUUGCG